CCGCGUGAGACGGGUGAUGUACAUACAGUCUACGGCGUAGCACCGACCUAGCACAUGCCAACUUUGCUUGUGCUUCCAUUCAUCUGGUAAAGUGAAGUGAUGUGGGAGGCGCGAUUGUGGCUGGUCCUGAGUGGGCUCGAAAAGCACCAUUCAUAUUGCUCCGUACGUCUUGUUGUGGUGAUAGAGGCAUGUCGAGGUCGGAGAGCACCGGAGAUGUUGGCAGACAUGUCGGGUCUGAUCGGGUUCGCCUGUCUGACAGACAGACACACUGUCACUCCUGCUGCCCUGCUUAUCCUCACCCCGGCGAUUGGCAGUUGUUACACCAGUCAGCGACUCAGCGCUCACGAGCAGGAUUCCGGUCAUCUCCUAAUGGUGGGAAAAUGCCACGGCAAGCCCUUAGCCGGGUGUCACUUCAGUUACGUGUUUCCAUCCGAACUCGACCCAGGCCAGGCCAGGCUAGACCUGGUCAAUUACAAGAUUUUCUUACUGCGUUGGUUGAUACCGGCCAUUACGAAGGCAUAUCUCACCACGGAGACUAGUUUCUCCGUGGCUUGCUGCGCAGCACACACACACAGCCAAAGAACCGAAGAAAUCAUGCUCAGUUUCCAAGGCAAUGGCGUGGACAGACCAGAUGAUGAAUGGCUGUAUGCGAGCAUUUUCUGUGACCGAUAACAUGAAAUGCCGUCAUCAUACACACCACCAC